AUGGCGGCUCUGGCCUACACCCUGGGCAAGCGGGAGAUCAACCACUACUUCAGCGUGAGGAGCGCCAAGGUGCUGGCGCUGGCGGCCGUGCUGCUGCUCGCGGGGUGCCACCUCGCCUCCCGCCGCUACCGAGGCAAUGACUCGUGUGAGUACCUUCUUUCAAGUGGCAGAUUUCUUGGAGAGAAAGUUUGGCAACCUCACAGUUGUAUGAUGCAUAAAUACAAAAACAAUGAAGCAAAGAACUGCCUUGUAGAUAAACAUAUUGCAUUUAUUGGAGAUUCCAGAAUACGCCAAUUGUUUUAUUCAUUUGUAAAAAUAAUUAAUCCUCAGUUCAAAGAAGAAGGCAAUAAGCAUGAAAACAUUCCUUUUGAAGACAAGAUUGCAUCAGUUAAAGUGGAUUUUCUGUGGCAUCCGGAAGUUAAUGGUUCUAUGAAGCAGUGUAUCAAAGUGUGGACUGAGGAUUCUGUUGCAAAGCCCCAUGUGAUUAUAGCAGGAGCUGCCACAUGGUCUAUCAAGAUUCACAAUGGCAGCAACGAAGCACUGUCUCAAUAUAAAAUGAACAUUACCUCCAUAGCACCACUUCUAGAAAAAUUGGCAAAGACUAGUGAUGUUUAUUGGGUCUUACAAGAUCCUGUUUAUGAAGAUCUAUUAAGUGAAAAUAGGAAAAUGAUCACUAACGAGAAGAUAGAUGCUUACAAUGAAGCUGCAGUCAGUGUUUUGAAUAGUAGCACCAGAAAUUCUAAAUCACAUGUUAAGAUGUUCAGUGUUUCCAAAUUAAUUGCUCAAGAAACUAUCAUGGAAUCUUUGGAUGGCUUACAUCUUCCAGAAUCAAGCAGAGAAACUAGUGCAAUGAUUCUUAUGAACGUGUAUUGCAAUAAGAUACUGAAGCCUGUAGAUGGUUCCUGUUGUCAGCCUCGGCCUCCUCUGACUCUCAUGCAGAAGCUAGCUGCUUGUUUUUUCACCUUAUCUAUUGUUGGAUAUUUAGUUUUUUAUAUAAUUCAUCGUAAUGCUCAUCGGAAGAAUAAGCCAUGUACUGAUUUGGAAAGUGGAGAGGAAAAGAAAAAUAUUAUCAAUACCCCCAUGUCUCCAUUAGAAAUACUUUUACAAUCUUUGUGCAAACUUGGCCUGAUUAUGGCUUAUUUCUAUAUGUGUGACCGUGCAGAUCUAUUUAUGAAGGAAAACAAAUUUUAUACACAUUCAACUUUUUUUAUUCCAAUUAUCUAUAUCUUGGUUUUGGGAGUAUUUUACAAUGAAAAUACUAAAGAGACUAAAGUAUUAAAUAGAGAACAAACAGAUGAAUGGAAAGGCUGGAUGCAACUUGUGAUUUUGAUUUAUCAUAUCUCUGGAGCAAGUACUUUUUUGCCUGUGUACAUGCACGUUCGGGUUCUGGUUGCUGCAUAUCUAUUUCAGACGGGCUAUGGGCAUUUCUCAUAUUUUUGGAUCAAGGGAGACUUUGGAAUCCAUAGAGUAUGUCAGGUCUUAUUUCGUCUCAAUUUCCUGGUAGUGGUGUUAUGUAUAGUAAUGGAUCGGCCUUAUCAAUUCUAUUACUUUGUCCCCUUGGUCACAGUAUGGUUCAUGGUAAUAUAUGUUACUUUGGCACUGUGGCCUCAAAUAAUCCAAAAAAAAGCAAACGGAAGUUGUUUCUGGCAUUUUGGUUUACUGUUGAAACUAGCCUUCUUGCUGUUAUGUAUAUGUUUUUUGGCAUAUUCUCAGGGUGCAUUUGAGAAGAUCUUUUCUCUUUGGCCAUUGUCUAAGUGUUUUGAACUAAAAGGAAAUGUAUAUGAAUGGUGGUUCAGAUGGAGAUUAGACCGUUACGUAGUCUUUCAUGGAAUGUUGUUUGCUUUCACUUAUUUGACUUUACAGAAGCGUCAAAUACUUUCUGAAGGAAAGGGUGAACCUCUUUUUUCAAACAAAAUUUCAAAUGUUCUAUUGUUUAUUUCAGUAGUUUCUUUCUUGACCUAUUCCAUCUGGGCUAGCAGUUGUAAGAACAAAGCCGAGUGCAAUGAGCUCCACCCAUCUGUUUCUGUGGUACAGAUUUUAGCCUUUAUUCUAAUAAGGAAUAUUCCUGGAUAUGCCCGUUCUGUUUACAGUUCAUUUUUUGCUUGGUUUGGAAAAAUUUCAUUAGAGCUAUUUACUUGCCAAUAUCACAUAUGGCUGGCAGCAGACACGAGGGGCAUCUUAGUACUCAUACCUGGAAACCCCAUGCUCAACAUCAUCGUCAGCACUUUCAUAUUCGUUUGUGUGGCGCAUGAAAUUUCUCAGAUCACUAAUGAUCUUGCACAGAUCUUUAUUCCUAAAGAUAACUCAUCUCUAUUGAAGAGGUUGGCAUGUACAGCUGCAUUUUUUUGUGGACUCCUCAUCUUAUCAUCCAUUCAAGAUAAAUCAAGAUAUUAA